AUGAAGAGAGCGCGUCUUGAAGCCGGGCAGAAUCGUAUUCACCCUUCCGCCUCGCACACCACCCAACCAUCCUCCUUCUCUCACAACAAACGACGAGCCUCCUCUAGAGCGCGUGAUAUGGAUGAAGCUGAGCAACAGAUCCUCCAUGAGUACCAGCACGCAAGAGCAAGGGUACUGCACGAAGAGAUUCUAAAGGCAGAAGCUUCAGCAACUACCGACUCUCCACCGUGUUCCUCGUCUUCCACUCCUCCUAGCAACCCGCCACUUUCUCCGCCCAAAAUGCCGGUCGACAAUUCAAAGCUAGGUUUUCAUUCAGCUCUCCUAACAGGGGAAUACUCCGAUCUGAUGAUAACCCACGGCGAACAACAAUGGAAAGCGCAUAAAGUGAUUGUGUCUUCACAAUCCCAUGUUCUCGCCGCCGAGAUCGAAGCCCUGAAAGAUCCCCCUACCCUCGAUCUUACAUCCCAUGACCACCAAGCUGUAGGCUACGCGAUAGAAUACCUCUACACCGCCAAUUAUGUCACCACCGACGGGGAUUCAAGCCUCUCGCUCGCCCUCCACAUCAGAGUCUUCCUCCUGGCCAUCAGUCUCGGGAUCCCGGGUCUCGAAAUCCUCUCCGCGUCGAAAUACAGACAAAACUUGAACCAGCAAGUCACCGACCUGGAGGUGUACUUCUGGUCCGUCAAGACGAUCUAUGAGCAUACCACUCCCACACAUCCAGGCCUGCGUGUCGCGGCUGCCGAGGCGGCUGUCACGGAGUUAUCCAUGUUGCUGGACGAUAAGAUGAGAGCGCGGUUUAUGCAGAUCACGCAUGAGGUCCCUGAUUUCCAGGCUGAUAUUUAUGUGAUCCUCUUGCUGCACCCAUCGAGAUCACUGGAUAUCGUGCCGGAGUUGUGCAAUGAAUGUGGACCGCGGGGACCGGAGGAUAGUUAUUCCAUUGUGAUGGAGUGUAAGGGGUGCGGGAAGGACAAGGUGUUGGCGUUCAAUUGA